AUGACAUUCACGGCUGAAGAGCUGUUAAGAAUUAAGAACAUCUGCGAUGUCAAGAAAAGAGUGGUCUUUUUGUUUGGCAAUAAAAACAAGGCGCUAAGAGAUGCCAAAACUAUAAAACGAAUCGAAAACUGGGAUACAGAAAAGGGACCAGGGUACCCAAACGGAGGAUAUCCAGAGAGCAACAAAAAGAAUAAUAAUACGGCGGAGAAGAGGACACCCAUCCCCUACACACAGGAGAUAACAACGGGUGACAAGGAGGACAUAUGCGCAACAGUAGGGGACUCGGAUAACGAUGGGAAUCAGGAAAAGGAAAGUUCAUUAGGGCGCAAGACUAAAGAAGGGAAUAACACUAUAAUAUUAGGUUGCUUCAAAGGAGUGGAAGAGCUGAAGAAGAGAGUGAACUUUUUCUUGGAGAAAGACACGAAGAGUAUAGAUGGAUACUUGGUCCACAAGAAUAUCAUCAUAAAUACCAACCCCAGAAAACAUACAAGUCAGAUGUCCCUCGAUAUAGUGGAGAGUAUCUUGCCGUACCAAGAUGCCAACUGUAACGUAGAAAAUAUAAAGAAAGACCCGCACUCUCUGCUAAAGUCAUCUAUGAGGAGGCAGACAUUGACCAACAAUAUGUGCAAAAAUGAGAAUGAGUGCAUGUGCAUCAAAACGUGUAUGGAGGCAUUCAGGAAAAACACAUGCACCAUGUACAAUCAAAAAAACGUGCAAUAG